CUAGCAUUGUCUUUUGUCAUUGUGAUUUGUGAGACAGCGGCUGUUUUUUUAUUUUGCAGAUGUUCUUGCUUUCUCAGUUCUUAGUAAUUACUGGAAUUUUAGAUAUUAUUGCCAUGCACUCCAGCCAGGAUCAAAAAAACCUAUUCCUUACAUCAUAAUAUUUUGUAAGAAUGGCAGCGUCUGGGACUGAAAUUGAAGACUUCUUGAGCGGGCCCCUAGUUUCGUGGGUAAAAUCAUGUUUACCAAAUCCUGAUCUUAUCACUGAAUAUGCAUCCCUCUUUAAUGGAGAUAUACUCCAACAAGUGUAUCUUCAAAUUGACCCGGAGCCUUCAUUUCACAUCACUAAACUUGCUGGAUUGGAGGAACAAGCUCUUAUUCUUGGGAGGGUCAAAAACUUUGAUGCAAUAGUCAAAAAUGUCAAGGCUCUGUAUGAAGAAGAGUUGGGAAUGACACUGUUGGUAGUCCCAGAAUGCAUUUGCCUUGGAAAAUCUCCAGAGACUAGAGAAGGGCUGGAAAAUAUGAAGUUGCUAAUUCUUUUAUUGCUUGGAGCUGCUGUACAAUGCCCCAACAAGGAACUGUUCAUCACUCGCAUCAAAGAACUAGAUGUGGAGUUGCAGCACAAUAUAGUGGAGUGCAUCAAGCAGGUGACUGACAUGCAAACAGUGGUUUUAACGCCAGACGCGAUAGAUCUUUUCCAAUCUCCGACUAUGUUCAACCAUAUGCGGCGGCUUGCCAAAGAACGCGAUCAUUAUCUCCAGAACUGGACUUCGCUAGCCCUUCAAGAAGACCUGUGCGAGAAUGACAACGAAAAUAAAAAUGGAAAAAAUAGGUCGACUCAAAAUGUCAACCAGAACAUCAGCGAAAGUCAACAUCUUGCUGUUGAACUGGCCGACUGGAAAGCGCGUUUGCGAAAACAGAGACAAGAGUUAGAAGAAAAAUCUGAACAACUAUCCGAAUGUCGUGAAGAAUUAGAACAUACCAAACUAGUACUUGGCAAGUUACGUUCUGACAGCCAGGAAUGGUUUAACGAAGCAAGAAAGGCGGCAGCCUAUAGAGAUGAGGUCGACGCAUUACGGGAGAAGGCGGAAAGAUGUGACAGGUUAGAACAAGAAAUUCAAAGGUACAGAGACCGAUUGGCCGAUGCAGAGUACUACAAGACUCGCGUUUCGGAGCUCCGAGAAGAUAACAAGGCUCUCAUGGAGACACGAGAUGCGUUAGAGGAGCAGCUACAAAGAGCCCGGAAACGAGCUGAGCAGUGCCUGACUUUAGAGGCUGCCAUGAUCAAGUUAAAAAGAGAAGCCAACGACAUUGCUUUGGAAAGAGAUGCUGACCAACAGAAGAUUCAAGAACUCAUAGAAGAAAACAACCACUUGCAAUACAUAACGAAAUCAGUCCUAAGCGAAAGCAACAACAGUAACUUAGACACGGACAAUGAGUGCGAAAGCACAUUAGAAUCAGGCGAGAACAGUUUGUCCGAACAGUUGACGAGUAACGCUCAAGCAAGGGCGUUAAAAUUGGAGUUAGAAAACAAGAGACUGCUCUCUACCAUUGACAGCCUUCGAGAACAAUCAUUACUUGAAAGUGGAGAAAAAUUACUAGAACUGGAGAAAGAGAAGAAAAAGCUAACAUUGAAGUGUGAACAACUACAAGAAAACUGUAACCGAGUUAUGCAACAGAACUCAGAAUUAGAAGAAGUGUUUAAAAACGCAUUAGAAGAAAACAGAAAACUUCAAGAUUCUUUGGAUAGUCAGAAAGCAUUUAUCGAUCGUCAAUCCAUCGACAGAGAUUCAGAGAAAAACAAAUUACAAGAUUUUGAAAAGCACUUGGAAUCUCUUACCAAAGACAAACAAAGAAUCCAAAUGUUAUGUGAUUCAAUUCAAAGGAGAGCUGACGAUUUAGAGAAAACUUUAGAUUCCAGAACUAAAGAAUUAAACAUUCUCAAACCAGAAGCUGAUAAAGUUACUGGACUAAUUAUACAAACUGAGGAGCUUAAAACUAAAUUGUCCUAUAGUGAAAAAGAAACACAUAACCUUCAAAGGGAAGUUAAUAAGUUAAAAGAAGCUGUUGAAGAAAAAGAUGUAUCAAUUGAUAAAUUAACAACUGAAAUAGAGUUAAAGAAAAAGGAACUAGAAAGGUUGGUUAAGGAACUCGAAAUUAAUCAAAACACAAUUAGUCGAUUACAAGACUUGGAACAGAAAACGCAAGAACUCAAGUCUCAAAAGAAAAUGGAUUCAGAAACAAUUCAAACUUUACAAAAGGAUUUGAUUAAGGAGAAAGUCAAUUUCGACAAGCUAAGAAAUUGCUUAGAGAAGCUUGGUAUUCAUAGUUCAGAAAUAAUGUCCAAAGAUGUUAAUGUGGAAGAUUUGCUUGAAAAAAUUAUCACAAAUACUGAUCAUGAAAAUUUAAUAUCAGAAAUAGCAGCGAAAGCAAACUUGAUGGCCUUAGUGCCGUGCAGUUGUAAACAGGCAGACAUAGAAGUUAAUGACAUCGAUGAAAAUAUAGUCAAUCCACAAAUAGAACAAUUAACUGCUGACGUGAGUGCACUUCAGGCGUCAUUGGAAAGUUGUCAGUCCGAAAACGCCAAAUUGCAAGUGAAUGUCGCCACUCUCAACUCACAAAACGGUUCCUUGAUAUCACAACAAAUGACUUUACAGCUGGCCAACAGCCAAUUAGCAGCUGAAAAGGAAGAAAUCAUUAAACAGCUAGAAGUUUUAAAAGAUAAACAAGAUAAUCUGUUGCGAGAUCAAGUGGCUUUACAGACACUCCAUGAACAACUCAAUACUGAGUAUGAAUUGUUGUUGAGUGAAAGAGAACCAGUUAAAAUAACUGUAAGGGAUUUGAAGUUAGAAAAUCGAGAAUUGAAAGAAAAGCUAGAAAGUCAUGAAAAAAAGAUAUCAGAAUUUGAAUUAGAACGAGAGAAUCUUAAAAUAGAAUCAAGAAAUCUAACCAAUUUAAGAGCUGAACAUUCAAAACUAAAAGAUGACUUUAGAAAUCUAUUCACAGCUAGUGAUCGACUCAAAAACGAAUAUCGUAACAUGCAAGAAGAAUAUAGAAAUCUAAGAAGUGAAGUAACACAAUUAAAAUUGAGAAACACUGAGAUGUCUGGUGAAAUUAAUACAAAACUAGAAAUAAUAACUAGUAUGGAAUUAGAAAUAAAUAAGACAAACCAGCACUGUGAGAUGCUUGUUCAUAUGAACAAAAGUUUGGAUGCUGACAGGCGCUCAUUGAUGGACCACGUCUCUCAACUGCUUACUCAGUAUCAUGAAUUACUGGCACAUUCUUUGAAAGAUAAGCAGCAUUAUCACGAAGAAGAGAAAAUGUUUGCUGAUAAAGUAAACGCAUUAUGUCGCCAAAAGGAAAAGCUUGAGGAGAAAAUCAUGGAACAUUAUAAAAAACUUGACAACUGCACCACAAAGAGGCGUGGCUUUGGGGCUUCGUUUGUCAAAAAAGUAAGAAAAGCGGGAACCGAUUUAAUAAAUAAAACGGCGAGGAAUAAUAAAAGAAUAGAAGACGCAGGUCGUUCGAAAUCACAGUUGACUCUAGCCGGUUCUGAAUCAGGAGAAUCGGACCCAGGGCAAGACGUCGAAAAGAUAUCCAAAAUCUCGGAUCAGGACCCAGGUUCAUCAGUUCCUAGCGUGGAAUCGCCGCGCCACAGUUCCGAUUCCAGUUUUAGCAGAAGAUUUGACGACAAACUGCUAAAGAAAUCUGACAACACAGAUAUGACUGGGUCUAUCCCUAGUUUGGAAUCGGCCAGAUUGACUGGCGAAGGAAACUUUGCGAGAAGGCUCUCGACUACAUCCAUGCACAGCGGCGGCGGGGACGACGCUCUGAUUCGGGCUUCUUUGAGAAGAAGAGCGCAUAAAGCGGUUCCGUCCUCUCACAGAAACAGUUACCAGGGCUUAGAAAACGACUCAGGGUUGCCACCUGCAGCAUCCACACCUUCGCCUGUGUUCGGAACUGCCGGCAGCCGCCGCACGGUGUACGUGGCCGACGACAAUCCAGACAUCACGCUUAACUCCAAACCUCAGAGCACCCCUAUAAAAGAAAACCCAACUUAUUUAGUGUAUAACAGAAUUUCGACGGUUAUUGGUGACGGUGCUUGUCAGAGCAUGACCGACCGGUCGACGAGUGAUCUGCAUCGAUCGACUUCUGAAGUGCAACGCUCGACGAUAGACGAUGGUUUACAAGAAAGAGAGGAGCUCAGACAUGACAGAAGGAACACCAGCCGCAGUGAAAAAGCUGACACCUCGAAGGAGUCGGCGAUAUGGUAUGAAUACGGUUGCGUAUGAUAUUAAUAGUGCUACGUGUGAUUCGACAUUAUUGGACAGACUGAUAAUAUGCCUUGAAUUUUGACUGUUUUAUUGAAAUGAAUGUGAUCGGUAUUUGAUGAAAUCAAUAAUUUGAGAUUGUGAUGAAAUGAUUGUAUCGUAGUACGUAAUAAUGACAGUAUUAGCUUGGCAUUUAAUUAUAAUAUUAUUAAUUGACACAUUCGACUUAAUUAAAGGAAUAUAAUAGCUUUAAUUUAAAUUCUUUCAAUAGAAAUGGAGUAGUAUAGUGACAGCAAUCAUACUGUUCACCGAAGAGGAGACGAUAUGAUUUUGUUUUAUUAGAUAAUUAUAUCUAGAUUCCUUUUGAUACAAAGUUAUGGGCGUGAGGGAUAGGACACCGACUGAAGAUUGAGUGCAAUUUUAGACCCUAUCUCCCUUUAUCGCUCAAACUUAGACCCUGUAACUACCUACAUAAAUAACUUUAUAGUUUUUGUGGUAUCAUGUAUAAUAUCCUGAUUACAUAACAAUGUUUAAAAAGCUUCUACCCGCAUGAGAUCAAAUACUUCUAAAUAGUUUGAGGCUACAAUUAAUUGUAAAUACGUUUUUUUAUACUUUGCAAUCGAGCCGGAUGGAACCUUGCCAGUGAGUCUGAAUAGAUAUUGAGUUUUUUUCUCUAUACAGUGAGCAUAAUGUGUAUGUACAAAAUAUAUUGUAUUUUAAGUUUUUUUUAUUAUAAUAAAUGCAUUAUAAAUUAUAAUUAUGUUAAUUUAUAUUAAAUCUACAUUAUUAGUUUUAAGUUACAUAUAAUAUAAAUGGUAAAAUGGAGAAACAUUAUAAUUUUGUAGGCAGAAAAUCAAAUAAAAUACAUACAAGUCAAUGUUCUUCAUAAAAUACCAUAUUUUCUAGUUACAUUUAAGUUAUUAUAAUUUUCAUAAGUUUUAGUUCAGUACAAAGUAAUUUUACACAUAAUGUUUUUGGAUACGUAAAGUAAAUGAAUAAUAAAUUUAUGAUUAUUUAUUAUGCAUAAUAUAAAUAUAAACUGCAGUUAAUGAUUUUAACAGCAUUAACCUUCCUUAAUAGUGGUAAAUAUUCUUGAAAAAUACUUCAUAAAAUGUUCUUAAUUAUAAAAAAAACUAUAAAAAAUUAAGUGUAUACAUUGUAUGUACAGGGCAUAUUCUGUAAAAUCUAUGAUAAGAAAAUAGAUAAAGCUAGCCAAAAACCUGUUUAAAAUUAAUUUUGAAUCUCUAACUCCCUGGUUGUAUUCAUUCAUUUUUGUAAUUAGUAUUUAAUUGUUAGUCUUUUGAUAAUUAGAUGCAAUAUCAAUGUACAUAUUUUUGUUUUGCUGAUUUGUUAAAAGAACUGCCGCACGCGAUUAUGCAGCUACAAACUGAAAUAGCGUGGUGUUUUACAGUUAAGGGCCCUCGCCCACGGUGACUUAAUUUUGUAUACAUCCACGAAGACGUGCCCCACCAAUUUUUGGUCGAGUGAAGCGCGGGGUGCGGGGAGUUUGAUCCGAGCGUCAUUAUUGUAGUGUGCUCAUGAAUGAUUUAGCGUGUACCGAUAACACUCGAACAUUAACGGAAGAAUGGAGGGACGCGUCUUCGUGGAUGAAACGAUCUAAGAUACAUUUCCACCGCGGCGCACUCGUGGGUUGUCGCGAAAUGUACGCUAUUGAAUUGCAUUAGAUUAUUAAAAUUUAACAGUAAAUAAAUCUAUUAAAAUGGGUAAACAGCACCGCCAAUAAAUUUUUGGUGUAAAAAUGACUGUCACAGUAUGCAUUUUCAAUUAAUUGGUACUACGAUUUACGGUGCUCAUUAAAUAAUUUAUUGUAGUAUUAGUCUUAUGUUCUGUCUGAAAACGUAACGUGAAAGUAAAAGAUAAAAUAAUAUUUCUUUUUUACUUUGUAAUCAUUUAACUUUUGUUAUUAUAAUAGUCUCUCACCGAAUUUAUAUUUCUAGCACACAAGAUGAUGAAUACAGGACUUUUGAAAUAAAACUAUGCAAAUUGAAA